AUGUUGUCGUUUGAAGACCUGGUGACAAGUCUGCGGGACUGUGUGAUCACCCAGGAGCAAGCACCUGAGAAUGUCAGCCAAACACUCAGGCUCUUUAUGGAUAAACUGUCUGAAUCCUCCAGGAAUAACGUGAAAAGAUGUAAGGAGCGUUGUUUAGAGGAGGCUGCCCAGCUGCUGAGACAGAUUUCUGAGGCACAGCUCGGUGGUUUAGAAGAGAGCCAUCUCCUGCUUCUUGUCAGACUCCUCAUCUCCAUGCAGCUGCAGACGGUCAACAUCUCCACAGCCUGUCGUAAAGUGGACCAGAUAUUGUCUUUUGAGGAUCUGCAAAGAGCCUGUAUGUUCCUGGAAGACAGCACUGUCGGUCGUGAGGUGUGGCGAGAGUCAUACCUGUCCUUGCUGAAUAAAGUGUCCGAGUUGUUCCCUGUUGUAUUGCAACAAGAAUCCCUGAGGGAUGGACCACUGUGUUACACUGCCGUCAAGGUGUGCUUGCAAACAUUUCAGCUGUUGUCCAGUGAAGUGGCUCCUCUGGUGUGGGACGAGGAGCACAGGAGCCCAACCGUGCAGAAGAUCCUGCAGGCUCUUAUGGACAUAAUACUUGGACAGUGCUGCAACAGGGACACUCGUCUUUUGGCAGGCACUGCUGUGGCCAUGCUGAUCAACACAGCAUCAGAGAGCAGAGCUGGAGGAGCUGCUGCCUGGAGUCUGCUGCAGGUUUCUGCCUUAGAGCCCUUGCUGCUGACUGUUGGUGCUCUCCAGGUUCAGUGUACGCCUACAGCGAAGGAUGGAGUGGCGAGGCUGGCUGUGAGCAGGGGCCUCCUCACCUGCUGUCGACCUCACAUCUUGCUCAGUUCGCACGUGGAUGCUGCGGAAAUGUGUUUACUGCUGAAAGGGUUGUUUCCUCUUGUCUUUGCUUUGUGUGAGGAGAAGCUAGAUUGUCACUACUUUGCCUUUGAAGUGUUAACACUGUGGCUGAAGAAAGUUAAAGAAUGUCUGGCUGAUAUCCGGAAGAUGACAGAUGUCCGCCUUCUGCCUGACAACAGCAGCAUGCAGAAACAGCUCAUUCACAUUAUCUGGACAAAUGCAGAAAGCCCAGUGGAUGGUGUGUCAGAAUUUGUGCGCAGUGCCUUUUGUCUGCUGUUGGACCUGUAUGAGAUGGACUGUGAGCAGUUCUGUGACACAAAGAAGACUCUUUAUUUUACUCUACUCCAGCGAAUAAUCAAACUACCUUGGGAAGCCAAAGCCAAAUAUCAUCGCCUUUGUGCCCUGCUACCCUAUCUGGGCACUGACAUGGUGCUGGAUCAAUAUGCUGAAAUACCCAGUCAUCUCCUCAAGUGCUUGUCAACCAAUCACCUGUCGCCAUGUGGAUCGGAGCUGUACAAGUGUCUGAUCCAGCAGCAGAGACGAGAGCUAUGCAAUUGCUCGCAAAGGUCGGACUCGCACACUGAGCUGGAUCUGGCCGAUCAGUGGGCGAGGCGUUGGCAGCCCGUCCUUCACAAGGCGCUGACGUCUGAUGUGACUCUUCUACAGAACAACAGCUCGACACACUUAUUGCCCUGCACCUUUCAAGUCUUCCCCUCCGCUGUGGAUCACCUGCUGGCCUCUCUGGACCCAUACGCUCCUGGUCACCUCCACGCAUGGGCCUGCAUCAUGAGCUCCUAUCGAGCCGCGACUGGAAGUUCACCCUGGGCUCUGCAGGGCAGCUCAACCCUUGAAACCCUCCAGCUAGCUCUAGGAUCUGCAGAUGACAAAGUCCGUCUUGCUGCUCUCAACCUCCUCUGCUGCAGCCCAAAGACCAAAGACACUCCAACCACACAGGAGAUGUCAAUAACGAGGACGUUUAUUCCUCAGAACCUAAACUGUGAGUCCUCGCCAUUUCGCCAGCAUUUCCAGGCCGGAGUGAAGAGGUUUCUGGUUCGUAUCAGAGACGGCUGCUUGGCACAUGUCAGAGGUCAGAAGGGCAAAAAGAAAGGAGAUACCACCCACUCAGGGAGGGCACAGGAUAUACUGGAGCAGGGAAUAGGGUUUGUCGAAUGGUUGGGUCAACUUCCAUACAGCUAUCUAGCACCAGGACACAGUUAUCAGAGGAAGAAGACUGCAUUGCUGUUGCUGUCUGCAGUGCUGGAGACGUGCACAGACACCUGGAGCCCAGACAAAAAGAAGGGACAACCUCCAGCAAAUAUUGGGUCUCUAAUUAACUGUGCCAGACAAAGAGGACAGUGGGAUUUCUUCUGUAGGACCAAACAGCUGGUCCUUAUCAGCUGUUUAGAAGAUUCUACUAAUGAGAUCCGGGAGCUCUCAGCUGGGUUAUUGUUGAGAUUUUUCCCACCCAGUUUUCCAGAUGAUAUCUCUGCAGUGCUGCUCAGGCGAACCAAACAGCUUCUGUGCAGUCCUCGGGUGCAGGAGGCUCAGAUGGGAGCACUGAUGACGAAGGUCCUCCUUCAGAAAUCACAAGACCGGCCUGAAGACUGCAGGCUGAACAGUGACAUUACUGUCCGCGGUGAAAGUAACCCCACGGCCUCCUGCAUGGUCAGACUCCUGGUGAAGGAGCUGAAGGAGCACUAUCUGACAGCUAAAGCUGAAAUGAUGCUUGCUGCCAGAACCAAGCCCAUACAUGGUGUUGUAAGUGCCCUUCAGAGGUGUUUGCUUGAGGCAGCCGGCAGUAUCUAUGAUGUACUUGACCACAGUCUAACCAUUGAGGUGCUGGUCCUGCUGGAGAACGUCUCUCUGCUUCUGCUGGGUGUUCUGUAUGGAGACCAGGAUGCUUGUGCCACUGAAAAGGACGCCCCGCCUUCUUUCUGUGACAUGGGAAACGCUAUCAGCUCCCUGAUAGCUCAAACAACUGGAGGAAGCCAAGGGGAUGGAGAGGAGUGUGUCCUGCUGUCUGAAGAGCACAGCCUCGUUCUCACCUGCUGCUGGGUCUCCCUCAAGGAAAUAGGAAUCUUUUUAGGAUCUCUGGUGGAGAAAAUUCUCACCGAAUUCAAACCCAGCAAGCACAUUCUAGGAAAAGAGGAUCUAAUGAGAGCAUCAAAAGUAUUCAAGAAUAUUCUUCUCAAAUGCCGUCACUGGGGGGCAGUAGAGGGAUGCUGUAUAGGCUUCACCAAGUUCUGUGCCUCUCUGUUGAGCAGCAGUGAUCCAGAGUUUAGGGACAUCCCGGCCCAAAUGCUGAAACAAGGAUUGCAGGUCGUGCAGUGCCCUCGUUCUACAUCCGUGACCCGGCGGGCUGCUGGGUUGCCUAUGCUCAUCCUGUGUGUUGUAUCAGCAGAAGAGGCCAGUAAAGCAAGACCCCUGUUAGCCCACAGUAUGCAAACCUUGUUGGAGACGGCCAGAACGCCUCUGCCCGAGAACUGGGACCAAACACUGGACCUGCCACAGGUGUGUGCGGUUCACACCCUGCAGGCCCUGGUGCGUGGCUCAGGUCUAGGAGUAGCUGUCCUUCAGUUUGCUCCUGCUGUAGCCAUCUUGUCACUCACGCUGCUCAGUUCUCCCUGCUGGGCCAUGAGGAAUGCUGCGCUGCAGCUUUACAGUUCUCUGUGCUCGCGAAUGCUCGGCCAGCGGCCCAGCAGUGAGGACAGUGGCCCUACCCAGCAUGGCAUGUCCCCCGCUGCCUUCUUCUUCCACUACCCUGCGCUCCAGCCCUUCCUCCUCGGCGAGCUGAGAGGGGCAGCAGAAGACCUCCAGGGUCGACCUGAUGAGGCCAAGCUACACCUCCAACCCUCGCUCUACCCUGUCCUCACGCUGUUAGCCCAACUCCAGCCUGGUGUCCAAGACUCUACAGAGACUUUGUCAGACUUCCUGCCUCCUUUACUCCAGCUGUCUGCCAGUCCCAUUUACAGUGUGAGAGUGAUGGCCUCUAAGGCUUUGGUUGCCAUGACUCCCCCCUCAGAGUACAUGAACAUCCUCCUCAAACUGACAGCUCAACUGCCCGGUCCACAGGAGCGCUGCUGUCACAACCGGCUCCACGGGCAGCUGCUGCAGAUCAAAGCUAUUCUAGAGAGAGCUCUCUGCUCAGACAGUGACCCUUCAACUGCCCUGUCUGUGGUGCUGAGCAGGGUGGACGCCUCCCUGUGGCUGGUGACCGAAGCUCAACGCUGCCCCCUAGUGAGGGCCGUCUACCUUGGCGUGGCAGAUUCACUAAGAAGAUUCUGCUGUGAAACCUACCUGUCAAAGCUCAGUGACACACUCAUGCGUGACCUCCAAACACCCCAAACAGGGCUUCAGGUUGGUUUGUCAUCCUUUCAUCAACGAGCCAUCCGCUUUCUAUGUGCAGAUCAAAAGUGGUCAUGCCAAAUCUGGAACAGCUUCUCUGCAGCGAGCCCUGACCUGAAGCUGUCGCUGGUUACGUGGGUGGUGGAUGGGCGGGGUUCGCAGCAGACCAGCUUGAAAGAGGUGUUCCAGCGGGUGUUGCAGGCAAACCUGAAGGAGGCAUUGUUGAGCCACAGUGUGGAGUACCGCAGGACCUAUCUCGCAGCCCUGGUAGCGGUGAUGGCUGGAGGGGAUUCUGCUUCACCCCAGCUUCUUCCUCAGUCGGCCCAACUGGAGGAGCCAGUUCUGCCUGAGUGUCUGGAGUUGUUGCUUAGGGACCUGGAGGAGCAGCGAGGCGGGCCAGAGUUUCUGUCCCAGGCUCUGUGUGCUGCUAGUCUGCUGCUUUCCCAGUGGUCGGACUGCAGUCUCGAGAUAUCUGUGGUGCUGCGCUGGUGUAGCGUCUUGGAACGCCACCGUUGCCCAGAUGCCCCUGAAGUGCUCAGGAUGGCGAGUGCUGAAGCUCUGUGUGUGGCUGCAGUUCCACUCAUCAGCCACAGUCUGAGGAAACACAUCACUCUGCCUGCCAUCAUGACCAGGUUGAUCAACACGGGCCUUUACCUGCUGCAGGACCAAAGCCAGCAGGUGAGGAUGAAAGCAGCUCGUUUUACCUCCAUGCUGCGCCAUGCGAGAAGAGGGGAAAGCCACGGGAGGGUCUACCUUAUGCAAGUCAACCAGGCUCUGCCGCUGCUGCUGGACCUGCUGCUGGAGGAAUGCGUCGAUACUCCUGGCACAUUGGAGGUGCUGCUGUGUCACCUGCCUCAGUCUGACCUCACGUGUGUGCUGAGAGAGUCCUCAGAGAUGGGGUGUUCCAGUCUGUAUGAGCAGGAUGAGGCCAAUGUGUUUGCAGAGCCCUCUGUAAUGUCGGCACAUGUGCUGCCUUACCUGCUGCAGAUGGCUGAAAAUUACUCUGAAUCCUCUGCUUUGGCGCAGAGCCUGAGAGUGUGGGCAGAGCAGAGUGCUGCACAGGUGCCAGACAGCCUUUCAGUGUGCAAAGAGCUCCUGCCAGCGGAGACUUUGACCCCGGCCUUGCUGGCUCUCCUCAUGGACCCUCGUUUCCACAGCACCCUGUGUAGCCUGUUCACCAGAGCUGCCUUCCUCCUCCGCCUGUCGAAAACAUCUGAUGAUGUACGACAACUUUGUGAUCCUGCGUCGCUGCACAAGAGUUUACAGGACGUUUGUAGUCUGCUCAGUCAGAACGGUGUCCACUUUCCCUCUGCUCUAACAGCUGCUGUGGCUGGAGAGCUGCCACUGUGACAGAGCGCAGGGCCGUACACUCAGUGAGUAAAGCCUUUCGCCAGGAUAAAAUUACCUUAUGACAUCUCCAUGUGUAGUCUUGAAUGAGUAUUGCAACUGCUGAUGCUGCAGUACACUUGUACUUCACAGGCUGACUGAGUUAUGUAAGAGCUAAGUGGCUGAGGCCACUUGUAGCAUCAUCAUAUUAUGUACACAGAGAGGAGGCCCACUGGGCAUUGUUUGCCAUGUGCACAUGGGGGUGGGCAGUUCUUCAUAACCUCUGGAGGCCUGUUUUUGAUACAAUGCUCAUAGAGUUUAUGAAGUUACAUUUUCUGGAGCUUUAUUCAUCUUUUAAAAUACAGCUUUUUUUAUGCAGAUGUACAGCCACUAGAAUAUCAUCAGCUCUGUCUUUAUGAUCACCAUCACCCCAAGUAAAAUGCUCAGUUGUACUCACAGAGCAGUGCUCCUGUUCUCGGUUGUUGUAAGUUGUUUACCAUGUCUCAGCAGCAGCAGCAGCAGCAGCAGCAGCAGCAGCAGCAGCAGCAGCAGCGGGACACAGACUGAUGCAGUGAUGUAAUGCGGUAGCAUCUGGAGAAAUUGGCUGCUUGGUGGCCAGCAGGGGAAUAUAGUGUACGCUUUAAUGCUCCAUUAGAGGCCUUCUGCCUGGAUAAGUGUCCAUUUUCCAACCACAUGAGGGCUGAAGAUGAUUGACUGGAUCUGAUAGAGGGCUGGCGGUUGCCCCACAAUAGACCACACACUAUAGAAGUCUUACAUCACCAGAUAGCCCACUGCCUCUGUUUGGAGAUGGGUUCAUGUCAGUGUUCGACAAACACUGACAUGAAAUAGAUUGCACACGCUAGGGUUGGCCAUAUUAGACAAUGAAUCAAAUGUACAUGGACAUUUUUAUUAUUGUAUCCUCGCAACUUUUAUUUCCUUGGGAUAUGGUAUUGUCAGAGUUGAUUAAAGUUACAUAAAUUAAAGACAGUUUAUAAAGCAGCCAAUUUGUCAACAUGACUGUAAACCUGCAGAGUUACAGUUUUAAUCUUUAUUUUUUACCGUUUCGCGUGCCUCUACAUGCACAUGAGGUACCUCUAUUUCAGAUACGGUUUCCAUUGUGUAUGCAUGAAGCAUUGUGUUUGUGAACAUAUAGAUUAUGCAAUAGCUAUGACAUCAAGCUUAUUAAUGAUUCAGACAUAAAGCUUAUGUAAUAUAUUCCCCUACGACCCACGCCAAAAUUAACACCUGUUGUGUAGAGCUCUGUGAGAUUAACAUGUGCCUCUGAGGAAGCUACAGGUGGUUCCUGUUGAGAACAUGACGCAGAACAACAAGGUGAAAACAAGGUGAUGCUGGAGGAAAACUGCGACGUACGUCGACAUUUUUGGACAAACCUUGAGUCAUCUAAUCAAGAACUCUCCCAAAGUUUUAAUUAUGCCUCACUGAAUCACACCUACAGAAAGCAUUCAUGAAAAAAGUGUCUGCUGUUGGCGGUCAGACAGAUUCAUAAGACAAAGCUUCAUAACAGACUAUUUUACAAACUGUAGAAUAAAAAAGAGGGUGUGAACUUUGCUCUACUUCAUGACAAAGGCAAGUAAACCAUGUGGCUCGAGCACUCGACAGCUUGUCAACAUGCCUGAAAACAGAGGCUUCAUUUUAAUGAAAAGGCAUUUUACUUUUUAUUCAUCUAUCAGAUUCCACUUGAACAAUGUGUGCAAUAUUAUGUCUUCUGCCUCAACCUUGAAAACAAAGUUUGAGUAGUCCAUUUAAAGUGAACAUGGUUGGAAAUUUCCUGAAGGCAAACUGAGUCUAAAACUGUAAAAUGACCAUCUGGCUUAGUGAAAGUAUUUGCUGUCGUUGCUGACAGUGCUCAGUGUCUGGACCCUCAGUAAACCUAUCCUGCUAAUUACAUGAUUAGCUAUGGCAACAGGGAACAAGGCCAAGUAGGUACAACCACUUUUAUUUGGUGUGUGUAUGUGUGUACAUGCACACAGACAUGUGCACCAUUUAGAGCAUGAAUGAGUGUUUUUCCACUGUUGGAUCCUGACUCUCGAGGUUAAAAAAUGGAGGGAAUCAAUUUUUUUUCUAUUCUACAAUCAGGGUGACAGUAAAAAUCUUAAUGAAUGAAAUCCAUUU